CUUCGAGUGUUGAUCAAAGCGAACGCACCUGCGCGCGGAUCGUGCUUUUCACGAUUCCAACAGUGCAAUUGUAUCCACGUAUGUGUGAGUGUUAGUAUUAAACGUACGCAAGUGUUCGUAGUAUGUGUGAGUGAAAAAUGCAGGCACAGUGAACUUGUUGCAGCGUCGCUUCGUUUGGCCGCCACCCCCUUCUCCACAAACGCCCCAACUGAAAAGCGCUUUUCAAAACGACGUCGCGCAGCCCAAGCGUGUCUCGCGUGUGUGCGUGUGUGUGAGUGUGUGUGGGAAGAGUUUGGGACUACUUGAGGAGCGAAUUGGUAGCUGCACUGGCUUCAGCUCCUAUUUCAAACAAAAUGUAGAAAAACACAUUUCAGCUGCCGUAUCUCGUUCGUUCGUUCCUUCGUGCGUUGCUCGUUCGCUGACUCGGUUCGUUGGCUGAGUCGAUCAGAUCGGUUUGACUGGUUCGUUCGUUCGUUUGGUCGGUUCGGUUCGUUGGGUUUGCGUUCCCUCUGCGUAUUAUUACUUUUUUUUGUUUUUGCUCGGCUUCUACGUGGUUUGUGGUAGCUGCUGCGGCUGCUGCUUUUGCUCCCGUAACACCCGCGACCGCUGGCGACUGAUCGUGCCGUGAUUGUAUCGCACACAUACAUCGAUGCACUGUGUGUUCGUGUGUGUGUGUAUAUGCAAUAUACAGUGUUAUCGCAGCUUUAGCUAAUCUGUAUAUUAUAUGCAACCCUUUAUCUUCUAGAGAGUGAAAAACGCCUACAAUAAAUUACACAAAAGUUUUGGCAAAAUUGCCAACGGAAAGAAACAACUUACAAGAAAACUAAAAAAACUAAAAUAAAGCAUAAAAACUUGUUCAGAUCAACUGGGAAUACAAGCCAAGCUCUAAACAGAGCCGCAGGCGCUCUUCCAAAAUUGUUUUGCUGGUGAAGGUCUGACGGCAUGUGAGUAGCACUCGAUAUGCCCACGGACAGCACAGGGAGCGAGGGCGGAGGCGCCAUUCCCAUGCUGCGCGCCUCUCGCAUGGAUCAGUUUAUGUCAACAGUGGCAGCGGUGGCAGCCGCAGCCAACAGUGCCGGCGGAGGAGGAGGAACAGCUGGAGGAGGAGGAGGCACUGGCUCCAAUGGAACUACCAACGGAGGAGGAGGAGGAGAUGGAGCGGGCAGUGGCGGCAGCGACUCUCGCAACUCAUCAGCUAGCAGGAUCUCGGCAGCAGCGGCUGCCUACGAAACCCAAUUGGCCUAUCAGCAGCAUUUGGCUGCCUCGGGGCUGCACGGUGGACCGCACGGACCGCCGCCACAUCAUCGCGAGAUAUCGGCCUUUGUGCCCGUGCUGCCCACGCGGCAGGCGCUCGAGGCCAAGGCUCGAGCUGGCAGCAAUUCCAACUACGAGAUCAUUGCCAUGAUGGCCGACAAGCGCAAAGAGUUGGCGCUGCGCGAGGCAGCUGCUGCGGCUGCCAUGUUGGGCCGAGGUGGACCACCGGGUGGACCGCCCGGAGUACCGCCAGGAGUAACUGGAGUACUGUAUGCCCCACCACCGCCACCGCCAUAUCUAACCGGACCCGGACCAUCGCCCACAGCUGGCGGCAGUUUUCCCUUUCCGCCGGGAGCAGCAACAGCGGCGGCGUUAUUCCCACCCGGAUUGGGACCGGGAAUGCACGCUGGCCUCGAUAGGCGUUUGUUGCGUGCACCUGGUCGCGCCUCGAGGCCGAAGAAGCAGUUCAUCUGUAAGUUCUGCAAUCGCCAGUUCACCAAGUCGUACAAUCUGCUGAUCCACGAGCGCACACACACCGAUGAGCGGCCCUACUCCUGUGAUAUUUGCGGCAAGGCUUUCAGGCGACAGGACCAUUUGAGGGACCACAGGUACAUCCACUCGAAGGAGAAGCCCUUCAAGUGCACCGAGUGCGGCAAGGGCUUCUGCCAGUCACGCACUCUGGCCGUGCACAAGAUCCUGCACAUGGAGGAAUCGCCACACAAGUGUCCCGUCUGCAGUCGCAGCUUUAACCAGCGCUCGAACCUCAAGACGCAUCUCUUAACCCACACCGAUCACAAGCCCUACGAGUGCUCCUCCUGCGGCAAAGUCUUUCGACGCAACUGCGAUCUGCGACGACACGCUCUCACCCAUGCGGUGGGUGAGGUCAACAGCGCCGACUAUGUGGAUGUGGGCGAGGAGGACGAGGCAAGGCAUUUAAGUGGCGAUGAGGAGGACUCACUGCUUGAGGUCGACUCACCACGCCACUCACCUGUGCACAAUUUGAGCGAGAAGUCGGAAACCGAUGAAGCGGAACGCAUGCGUCUCAAACGCAAGGCGCCUGGGGCCAGCAACAGCAGCAGUAAUAACCACAGCAGCAGUGUGCGCUAUGAUCACGAUGACAGCGAUGAGGAGUUCGAUGACUACGACGAGGAGGAGGAACUGCAUGAGGCAGGCGGCGCCUUGGACCUGGCCGAGGAUGAGGAUCUCGAAGCGGAGACCGAGGAGGAGAAGGCCGAAGCAGCGCUUGUGGCACGCUUCAAGGCCGGACGCAAUGCAGCCGCAAGCACAGCGGCCAAGUCGGAACGUCAGGGUGUCACCCAUUGUCAUCAUGAGGGCGGUGAAACGUACACGAUGCGACCGCAUGGCGAACGUCAGCUGGAGGAGACGCCACAGCCAUCAGCGGUAGCAUCGGCCAGUGUUGCUGCCUCAUUUAUGCCCAGCUUGCGCUAUGCAGCCGCGCCAGGAGCGCCAGGACCUCCUCCUCCUCAUCCUGCUCCUCCGGGAGCUGCGUUGCAUCCAGCACAUGCAGCGCAUCUGCUCGCUGCUGCCGGCAAUGGCGAUCCCUAUUUGCCCAUGCUGCAUGUGCGUCGCGAUCUGCACCACAAGACGCUCAAUCUGAGCAAAGCGCCACCGCCACCGCCAACGGCAACCGCAACAGCAGCACAACAACAGCAACCACCACCGCCCAGCAUCAGCACCAGCGUUGAGCCAACGCGACCGCCUUCGCAACCGUUGCACUCGCCGCACGAGGCAAUGCCCAGCUUCCUGGGCUCGAUACCGGUGAGGAAACGCAUUCUGCCGCCUCCUCCGCCGCCACCGUUGGUGGAUCUGGUGGUGGAUCAUCAGCGCACAUUCCUCGAGAAUCAGAGCAUCUAUGCGCUCAACAUGUCGCGACAUCCGCCGAGGCAGCUGCUUUGCAAACCGCCGCAGCCCGCAGAGAGUUGUGUGACGUCCGAAAAGGAAGCGGUGAUCAGUGGUGCAGCAUCUACAUCACAGGCAACUGUUGCACCACCACCAGCACCACCACCGUCAGCCACAGCAGCAGCGGCACCAGCAGCGCCUGUUGCACCAGCAGCGCCUCGACGCACCGGCUUCAGCAUUGAGGAUAUUAUGCGACGCUGAUCGGAAUAGAAGAUACUCUGGAUCUGGAUACUGGCACGCUAUUUAGCCAUAAGUGCACUUUUAGUACAUUUUAGUACAAUGUCUGCCCAGGCAAGGCAAUAAGUAUAACUGUAAACUGUAAGCUUAGCAUUUAGUACAUUGACUUUUUAAGUGGAAAGUGCCACAGUUUAUUGUUGCAUUAUGUUCGAGCAGGACGGCAUUAUGCUUUUAGUAUAUUUAGUCUAAAAUAAGUUGUAGCUAUUUGUAUGUUAUUGCAUUUUGUGCUUUUAGUACGCAUUUUAGUACUAAGCAUACACACACAUCAUUUUAGAUCAUCUUAGCUAUUUAAUUUGAGAGUCUAUCGCCUUAGUUUAGGCCCCCCAACACUAAGUGUUGUUGUUUCUUUUAUUUAGCAAUUAAAUUUGAAACGAAAAAUGAAGAAAACAAAAAAUCAAAC